AGGUCAGUAAAUGUGAAACCAACCAAGGAUUUCUGACGGUCACAGGGGCACUGUGCUCCAACAAAUAAAAUGUUUCGCCCAGCGUUUGCAGCUCGACAAGUUAUUCAGAGAUGUGCGCAAAGACGAGCACUAUCAUGCGCUGUCAACUUUAACAAAGCCAGUGUUUGCUACAAGGAGAGUCAAGCGCAGUGCCAGUGCCCUAGUGUUUUGAACUUGCAGGCAAAGAACAGACCAUGGAUAUCACAGAAAAGAUAUUACUCUUCAGACUUACCAGAUCAUUUCAAAGUGACGUUACCAGCAUUAUCUCCUACCAUGGAAAUGGGAACAAUUAUAAACUGGCAGAAGCAGGAAGGGGACAAAGUGUCAGAAGGUGAUUUGUUAGCCGAGAUUGAGACUGACAAAGCCACAAUGGGGUUUGAAUCAUCAGAGGAAGGCUAUCUAGCAAAGAUCUUCAUACCUGAAGGCACAAAAGAUGUUCCUCUAGGAAAGUUGCUGUGUAUCAUAGUUGCUGAUGAGGGUGAUAUUGCAGCGUUCAAAGAUUACGUCCCGACAGCUGCGGAUGAUUCUUCAGUGUCAGGAAAAGCUGAGGCAGCUCCCCCAUCCCCAUCUCCUCCCACUCCAGCUGCUGCUCCACCCCCUCCUAGACCUGCCACACCCACUCCAACUCAGGCACCACCACCAGCGCCACCUCAGGCAGCACCGGCAGUAUCAGCAACAGGAGCAAGAGUUUUUUCUACACCCUAUGCCAGGACACUAGCUGCUGAGAAGAGAGUUGACCUAAAUCUUGUGACUGGUAGUGGUCCAGAUGGUCAGAUUCGAGCAGAAGAUGUAAUGAACUUUACACCAGGUGCAGUAGCCCCUGCCCCCGCUGUGGGUGCCCCUGCAGCUCCAGGAGCUUAUGUAGAUAUUCCACUGACUAAUAUGAGAAAGACUAUAGCUAAGAGGUUGACAGAGUCCAAACAGACUAUACCUCAUUAUUAUCUCACCAUAGAUGUUACACUUGAUAAAACUUUGGAGUUAAGAAAAGAACUGAACAGUUUAUUAGCAAAAGACAACAAAAAAAUCUCUGUGAAUGAUUUUAUCAUCAAAGCAUCGGCCUUGGCGUGUAAACAGAUACCCGAGGCAAAUUCUUCAUGGCAGGAUAGCUUUGUGAGACAGUACAAUACAGUAGAUAUAAAUGUUGCCGUGGCGACAGAUGCUGGGCUUAUUACACCUAUUGUAUUCAGAGCUGAUCUGAAGGGUCUAUCACAGAUAGGAGAAGAUGUUGGUAUAUUAGCAUCAAAGGCCAGAGAUGGCAAGUUACAACCACAUGAAUUCCAGGGCGGUACAUUCACAAUCUCAAAUCUAGGUAUGUUUGGAAUCAAGUCAUUUUCAGCAGUGAUCAAUCCUCCACAGGCGUGUAUUCUGGCUGUAGGCGGGGCCGAAAAGAGAUUAGUUGUGGAUGAAGACAGUGACUCAGGAUACUCUGAAGCGACAGUGAUGUCAGUGACACUAAGUUGUGACCACCGUGUUGUAGACGGUGCUGUAGGUGCCCAGUGGUUAGCACAGUUCCGCAAAUAUCUAGAAAACCCGUCAACCAUGUUGUUAUGAGGAAAUCAUCUCAAAUUGUAGACCCUACAUUUUAACAAAUUUUUGUUUUAUAAGUGCUACUAGAAAGAUUUAUUAGUAUGAAAUUGGAGUAAGUUUUUGUUACAAGUGUGUUCCAAAGUUGUAGAUGUUUGUGCUGCAAUGAAUUGAGAACAAAUUAAACAUUGUUUUUAAAUAUAUUUAAUUGAAGUAUAGGUAAUUCUCAUUGUCACGGAAAGGAAGGAAUAUAUUUAUAGAUUGUAGAUUUCAUGCUUUAUGUGAAUAUUUGGGAUAUGGUCAUACCUGUGCAAAGACCGCCAGGCUGGAAAGACCAGUAAUUUCAGUUUGCAGGGUGUUUAAAAGUCUAAAUAAUGAACAUUUGCCAGUAUAGUUGAAGGUCUUUGACGGAGAUAUUGAGCAUUACAUUAAAUGGUCACUGUCAGUAUAUAAAAGACCAUAUUUAGUUAUGGUAUCCUGAAAAAUGCCAGAAUAGACCUGAAUAAAAGCAUUUUCAGACUGUUGAGUAUGAAUUAUGCUGACUGGGGUUGACCUUAUCUUUUAAAGUGGCACUACUCUAGAUUUAUGCUAACAUUUCUGAAAUAAAGACCAUAUGUAGGUGGUUUAGUAAAUGUAAAUAGUUCAAAAAAUGAUUCAGUGUGUUCUAGGCAGUGUCAUACACUUGCUUAGUCUAUAAAAUAUGUAGAAGAGCUCUCUGCAGAGCCUACCCUGCAAUAAAAAUAAGCUGUAGAAUAGAAUGUAUUAAUGGAAAUUUGUUUAACAGUAACUUAUACAAUAGAUAGGGAGAAAAUAUUUCUUCAUAUGUUAUUAGCAUUGAACAAAAAAAACUGACAACACAACACUGCCAUUUUAUUGCAAAACAAAAGUAUGCAAGGUCUAAGUGUAGUUUAUCAUUUUGAAAGGAGUCUAGAUCCAGUUAGUGAAAUUUUCUUAUAAACAGAUGAAGUUCUAUGAAAUUUACAGUCAAACCUGUGUGAAAGACCACCUAGGAAUAGACUGGUAGGUUCAUUUCCAUCUAGAGCUUUAAUUGUUUGAAUAACAACAUAAAGGGGCCACAUUUUAGCUAUCUUAAGCAUGGUCUGUAUAUAUAUGUUGGACUGCACAUCUCUACAUUUUAAGUAUGUGAUUUAUGUAAAUAUGCAUAAAUUUAUAAAUGUCAAAUCUCCUGUACAUAGUCUAGCAUGUAGUCAUUCUUUUACUUUUAAAGUUGAAACAAGAUUUCAAGUUUGUUUAAUUAUAAGCUGAAUGUUAUGAACUUACAAAUUUACAUUUUUGCUUAUUGUAAUUUUUCUCUUUCAUGGACCUUGAUUUAUUAACGGCAGAUUUUUACAUUGUAGAAAAAAAUAUUUAAAACUUCUGUUUUAUUUCGUUAUUGUUUAUAAUGGAGACCUAUAUACAUGUAACCUCAGUUAUUAACACGCCCAAACACUAAACAUUUAGUUACUGUCCCAGUAUACACAGAUCUUUAGAAUAAACUUCUCAAGAACAAGAACCUCUACAACACACACUCUUUCUAGCAGUGAACAACCUUCUAGAGGUUAUAUGUAUGACUGUGUAAGGAGAUGUUGGUUUUUCAGUCGUUAGUUGGUCUUAAUGGAAUGUUGUUAUUCAACUUUCAAGACUACUGAAUAUCUGUAAUAUACAUGUAUUCUAUGCAUACACAAUACAUUAUGGGAGAUGUUGCAAAAUAGUACCAUGAAUUCUGGUAGUAAAGAUGUUACUGAUAGUGAAGUAAACUGAAGAAAUGUUUUAUCUAAAAUGUUUUAUUGGGUAUUACCAUAAGAUUUCUUUAUAUGUGCUGAGAACGUUUAAAUGCAUGUUUUUGGAAUGAAGAUGUUAAAUAUAUUGUUUGCAAAUGCUGUAUCAUUUGAUUUACUCCUGUAUUUUUUGUCUGAUAAAAAUUUAAGCUUAUUACUAUGAAACGUAUAUCAGCAUAUUUCAGAUGAAACUGUUACUUGAAAUUAUGAUUUUGAAUUUUGUUUCAUUAUACCUGAGUAAGAGUCUUUUCAGAUAAUCUAUGAUUUGAAUGAACGAAGUAACCUGUUUUCCUCCCCUUGCAGUAUAAAUGCUACUCCUGUUCUAUUUUAUAUUUCAGUUACAGGUUUACUCUAUUUAUAAAAUAUUUUUAUUUGGCUAUAUUGUAUUGAUAUUGUGAGAUUGAACUGAAACUGAUGGUAGAUUUUUGUUAAGUUUGCUUUAACUGGAUUUGAUAAAGUAAUAAACUCGUUAAAACAGUUA